UUUAAAUUGGGAAAGUUAUUUUUAAUAAAUGAUAAUCAUUUUAUGUUCGAUUGGUCAAUAUUAAGUAAAAGGAUUAAUUACUUUUUAUUGAGUAAAUAAAUUUGAAGAAAAUUUUGAAAUUGGUUGUUAAAAAUUCUGGAAUUAAAAUGGCUAACGUUAAGGAUGACACACAACCGGAAAGUAUAAGAAAAAUGUUUAGCUGGAGCAGCGGAUUACCCAGAGAGGGUACGCCAGGAGGUGGUUACACCAACCCGUCAAUAGAAACGAUUCUAAACUCUGAAUCAACCAUGGACAGCAACGUGGUAGCACCGGGGGUGGUGCUCUCAGCUCCAGGAUUAAACAACCCUGCCUGGAACCGCCAGCAGGCCGUAAGCGUAAGACAUGCCUUCAAAACUUACGGCAGCAGCAAAAACCCAAAUCCUGUUCUUCAGAACUUGAGCAUGACAGUCGCCAAAGGAUCAAUCUACGGCCUUCUGGGAGCCAGUGGCUGUGGGAAGACUACCUUGCUGUCCUGCAUCGUCGGAAGAAGACGGCUCAAUUCUGGAGAAAUAUUCGUCCUCGGGGGGAAACCCGGGACCAGGGGCUCCGGAGUUCCUGGUAAACAGGUCGGAUACAUGCCCCAGGAGAUUGCUUUGUACGGGGAAUUUUCUAUUCGAGAAACUAUGAUGUACUUCGGGUGGAUCUUCGGAAUGGACACUAAUGAAAUUGUAGAGAGAUUGAGGUUUCUUCUUCAGUUUCUUGACUUGCCUUCGCAAAACCGGCUUGUCAAAAAUCUCAGCGGCGGGCAGCAGAGACGAGUCUCCUUCGCCGUGGCACUUAUGCAUGAUCCUGAACUGUUGAUCCUAGAUGAACCGACGGUCGGUGUCGAUCCACUAUUAAGACAAAGUAUUUGGAAUCAUUUGGUGCAAAUCACUAAAGAUGGAAACAAAACAGUCAUCAUUACAACGCACUAUAUUGAGGAAGCACGGCAAGCCCACACGAUUGGUCUCAUGCGAAGCGGAAGACUACUGGCCGAAGAAUCACCAAGAGCUUUGUUGACAAUGUAUAAUUGUGCAUCUCUGGAAGAUGUUUUUCUCAAAUUAUCAAGGAAACAAGGUCAAAGCACUCAACCUACCACGGAAUUAAACAUCUCUAAUAAUAUUAGCAUGGCUUCCUUAAACUGGGGUAAAAAGGACGAACCAGUUUAUGUCACUGAAGAGUCUGGAGUGGUAGGCUUGAAUUUUCAUCAAAGUAAAGAAGUUCUUAUUCAUGAUACUACUAAUGGAGUUGGCAGUCAUUAUGAUCUUAAUGGAAAACCAUUGCCAGGAGUCAAAAGCAAUCCAAAAAAGCGUUCAAGAUGUAGACCAAUAAGUUGCAAUUUUACAACUAGAGGAAAAAUGAGAGCGCUGCUCCAAAAAAAUUUUCUUCGUAUGUGGAGAAAUGUCGGGGUGAUGCUGUUUAUCUUCGCAUUGCCGGUGAUGCAGGUAAUAUUAUUUUGUCUUGCCAUCGGGCGAGAUCCAACUGAUCUCAAAUUAGCAAUAGUAAACCACGAGAUGGAUUGGGAGAACCAAACCUGUGACAUACAAUCUGGAUGUAUGGAGGGUAAAUUAAGUUGUCGGUAUUUAGAAUUUCUGUCUAAUAGGACCGUCAUAAAGGAGUAUUACGAGUAUCCAGAAGAUGCUAUAGAAGCAGUAAAAUUAGGAAACGCAUGGGGAGCUUUAUACUUCACAGAGAACUUUACGGAGUCGCUUGUAGCGCGAAUGGGUCUCGGGCAAACAGUGGAUAACGAAACACUGGAUCAAAGUGAAAUUCGUGUUUGGCUUGAUAUGUCAAAUCAACAAAUUGGGCUGAUGCUGGCACGGAAUCUUCAAUACACCUACCGAGACUUCGCCAAAUCACUGCUCAGAGAGUGUGAGUACAACGAGAAGCUAGCUGACGUCCCGAUACAAUUUUCUGACCCGAUCUACGGAAGUAACGACCCGAGUUUCACCGAUUUCGUCGCUCCUGGUGUAAUUCUCACAAUUGUAUUUUUCUUGGCGGUCGCUUUGACAUCCUCGUCGCUGAUAAUCGAGCGGCUGGAAGGCUUGCUGGAUAGAAGCUGGGUGGCAGGAGUGACGCCUGGAGAAAUUCUCUUUUCUCAUGUCGUUACACAAUUCGUUGUAAUGUGUGGCCAGACAGCGCUCGUACUCAUAUUUAUGAUUCUUGUCUUCGGAGUCGAGUGUAAUGGCGACAUUGGUUGGGUAAUCAUACUAACUAUUCUUCAAGGUCUCUGUGGCAUGUGUUUCGGAUUCGUUAUAUCGGCUAUUUGUGAACUUGAAAGGAAUGCCAUUCAACUGGCGUUAGGUAGCUUUUAUCCGACACUUUUGCUCAGUGGUGUUAUUUGGCCAGUCGAAGGAAUGCCAACAGUAUUACGAUAUAUAUCCCACGGCUUACCAUUGACCAUGGCAACGACCUCGCUAAGAUCAAUGUUAACAAGAGGAUGGACGAUAGUAGAGCCAGAUGUUUACAAAGGCUUUAUUUCGACGGUGAUAUGGAUUGCCAUAUUUUUAACUAUCAGUAUGCUGGUCCUAAAGUUUAAACGUGGUUAGGCUUUUAAAAUUUCUCAUAAAAUAAUUUUUAGUUUGAAUAAUAUUGUAGAUUAAUUAAAUUUUACAUCGACACGAUGUCAAUGUAAUUUUUAUAAUAGAUAAUUAAAUUUCUAAAAAUGUUUAGGAUCUUUUAAUUAAAAUUGUUGUAUCAAAGCAGUAUCCACGACAUCUUGCGCUGAUAUUAUUGUUUAUUCCAUAUAUAUUUUUAUCUAGUAUAAUAGCGUUUAUUUUAAUAGAUAUAAGAUAUUAUGGAAAAUUAUUUUAACAUCUGAAAAUUUUUUAGCUAAGAAUUAUUUAUGGUAUUUGUAAAUACAGAUGUGGAUAAUUAUUUAAUCAGUGUAUGAUUCUAUUGCUAGCAUGAAUGUAUUUUCUGCAGAAAUUUGUAUAAAUAAUAAUUUACAAAAAAAUUUUAAUUGUUAUAGUGAACAAUUGCGUGUUGCUCAUUAAUUAUUAUUAUUAUUUUUAUUAUAUAAAUAUAUUUUUUGUCAGUAGUUAAUAGUAAAAUUAAUUAUAAUUUUAAUAUGUAUACUUGCCUUUAACUCGAGUGAACAAUUAAAAAUUAUAAAUUGUAAUCCAACGUUGUAAAUAUUUUGAUAUACAUUUAUUUACUAAACAAAUAAAAAUUUACAUAUUUUAAAACUUA